AUGUGCUCUCAGCUUCGCUCUGGAAUUAAAAGAGAUGUUGCCGAGUUGGAGGAAAAGAUGAACAUCUGUCCAUCAUUAUCUGCUCUUGACAAGGAAAUUGAGAAACAUAAAAAGAAAAAUGUGCUUCAAUGGAGGCCUUCUGGGGACCCAGAGAAAGACUUUAAGGCACAUGCAUUUAUGUUGAAGAACAAUUACCGGGCUGAACUUGAGGCAAAAUUACAAAAGUUACAGUUAGAAAAUGAUGAACUCAGAAAUGUUAUGGCCAUGGAGCAUUCGGAAAUAAUGCGCAUUAAAAAAGAAAACGACGAAAAUCAACGAACAUUUUCCGAGGUGCUGUAUUUAUGUGCUGCCAUUUGCUUUAUUUCUCUUGCAACAUGCCAGAGUUACAGACGUCAGCGGUCAGCCGUUGAACACCAUGAUGUAGAAGAUGGUACCAGCCAUUAUGAAUACUUGAACUCUUUACAUGAACAUAAGUCAAUCCCUUACAACUUUGGCUACGAUAUUAAAGAUGACAAGGGUUUCAACCACUGGCAUAAAGAAGAAAGUGAUGAACACAAUGUCAAAAAAGGCUCAUAUGGCUACACAGACGCCUAUGGAAUCUAUAGACACGUAGACUAUAUUGCUGAUCAUGACGGAUUCAGAGCAACUGUUCGUACCAAUGAACCUGGAACUGCCAACUAUUCUCCGGCACAUGCGCACUAUCAUGUAGAUUUACCACCUCCAGAUGUUUACAAGAGCUACUCUACACUGAAACACGUAGACGAUUUACCUGAGGAAUACGAAGACAAGAUUACGGGUACUAACAAAAGAUUUAGUCUCGUCCCAGUUUAUGAUUCACAUAAGUCAUUCGAAGAAUAAAAUUGUUUUUAGAAAUUAAAAUUGGAAAGAAUUUGAUUGAACUUCUGAGCAUUUGAAAUCGAUUGAUCUCAUUGCUUGAUGUUUUACUAUGCCAAUUCUGAUGUUUUUAAACGUAUGUCCAUUUAUUUCAGUUU